CGCGAACAACGUCAGUGAUAAGGCCACAGCUACCCAACUUUCCAUCAUCGUACGGAGUCCACGAGUAACAACACGCACUACGCCUGUCUUUUAUUCGAAGAUAAUAUCAUAUGAUGGCGGAUUCUCCAGCUGUUCAAGCCCCGAUCGAUCCAAGAGAGCAGCCGAUUUUAGACAAACUGCUCGCUGUCCGCGACAACCUGUCGUUACUAAAGCAAGACCGAACAACGUAUAUUAGGUCACAAGAUGUGAUGUCCUUAUACGACCAAGUCAUUGAGCAGGUACUUCAGCUCAAUGAUGUUCGUAAAGAUAACAGGUCUCAGCAAAGUCGAGUGGACACUGUUCUCGACGAUUGUUUCCAACUGAUAUCUCUCUUCUUCCUCACAAUCGGCAAAAACAAUGAGGCGCCUGCUGUCUAUUCUAUGACUUCUACGAUCAAGCGACUACUGGACCAUCUCAAAGAAGCUGCUUUCUACUCCGCCAAAGACCUCGAUUCGAUGAGCGGGACUUUAGAAUCGUUACGCGAAAAUCUACGACGUGGCUCUAACACGUAUCCGCCUGAGCUUCUAACCCUGCUGGAGGCGCGUCUCACUAAAUGCGAGAGCUUGCUCCACGAGCUUCAGAAACCGCUAUGGAAUCUCCCGGCCAGCUUGACCCCAAUUCAUGAAAAAUUGGUUUCGAUAUUAAGGUUGAUCGCAGCUGCCAACACGCGACAAAAGUUCCCAGCCGCCGAGGUGAAGUCCCUUCAGGAACAACUUUGGGAGAUUCAGGGAACACAGACCGAUGGAAAAUUUGUCGCGCCUGAUGGCACUAUCCCCGAGGGCCAAGAAGUAGUCCUCGAGCUCUUUGGAAGGUGCCUCAAGUGGGCCGGAAUUGUCCUUGAGAGGGAGGGGCGAAUUGAUGAACGAGUCCAGCCCACAUAUGCUCGUCUUUUAGAUAUCCGGAAUCAGCUAGAGAAACUCUCCCUUACCCAAGCAUGGUCUCUACGAGAAACCGACCUUUACGGCUUUCAGCGCCAGCUUGAUAGAAUCGACGAGGCCCGUGUUAAUGGCGAAUUCGUUGAUCAUCGAGGAGAACCGGCAGAUCUCCACGCUCAGCGGACACUGCUGUACCUUUUGCGACGGAGUUACGCAUACAUUUAUGUUGCACUUAUUUCAUCUGAGCCUGUUUCAGAAGCAUUGCUCCCAAUAUUCAAUCAACUUCAGACUCUCCGGAAGUGCCUGAUUGAAGUCCGUGAAUCCGGCGGCGUUUCCUCGCCCAGAGAACUCUACCCCUAUAGUAUGAAGUUGAAUUCUAUCGAUAAUAUGCGUGUAGACGGUAAAUUUAUGGUUGGCAACGAUAUUCCGGAAGGACAAGGAAGUAUCAACUCGCUUCUAGCGGAAUGUUUCGAUCUAUGCUACGAAUUGAGAGUGGAUAUUGAAGACAAGGAAUCCAAAGAAUGAUUUAUGUACUUCCAUGGGUUAUCGAUAAUUGGAGUUUUAGCGGAGCUGGCGUUCUUUAUUCUGGAGGCAUUUUCAUCUACACGCUCAAAUCUCCAAGCGCACGUCUCAAAAUAGCAGUACAGUCUUACUCUUAAGAAAACUAGCAUGCACAGUAGGUCUCUGAGGGCUUUUUGAGGCUUAUAUACAAUCAAAGCAAUCUUGCUCUCC